AUGGCACGGCAGCAGCCAACCCCCUGGUCCACUGGCCUCUUCGACUGCUGCGACGACUGUGGCGUCUGCUGCUUGACGAUGGUGUGCCCGUGCAUAACGAUUGGUCGGGUGGCGGAGAUAGUGGAGAGGGGGGAGAGGACGUGCUGCGCGGCGGGCGUUCUGUACGUGCUGCUGGGCUUCGUCAGCAGCUGCCUCUGCCAGUGCGCCUACUCCUGCUCCUACCGCGGCAAGAUGCGCGCCGAGUUCGGCCUCCUCGACGAGCCCUGCGACGACUGCUGCGUCCACCUCUUCUGCGAGCCCUGCGCGCUCUGCCAGGAGUACCGGGAGCUCAAACACCACGGCUUCGAGCCCGCCCUCGGGUGGCACCACCAGCCUGCCGUGCCCAAGCCGCAGCGGAUGGCACGCCGCUAG